AUGUCGGCCCCCACCGAAUUGUUUCUCCCUCCCGAGCUCCCUUAUCCCAUCAAAAUUACCGCGCAUUUCGUGGAUACUGCCGACACUGUCUCUCGCGGCACUCGUCUGCUCGACUAUUCAUAUAACCACGUCGGUCCUGAUGGACGAGCGGAGGUCCGUUAUGGGACGUGGGACUCAUCAAUAGAAGGCUCCGUGGAGAAGUGGGGAUUCAAGACUGGUGAGGUCGUGUCUGCUCGCAAAGCCAGGGAGAUUCCUGCGGUGUAUAUCACCGAACCAUGCAAACAUAGCGUGCAGCUCGGUGGCCUAUGCUGCUUAUGUGGGAAGGACAUGACAGUCUAUGACUACACUGGCUUUUCCGACACGACUCGUGCAUCAAUCCAGAUGACCCAUCUCGCGAACGGGCCCACAGUGUCACUAGAAGAAGCGCAGCGCAUAGAGCAGGAGACUGCGGAACAUCUGCUCAAGUCACGCAAACUAUCAUUGAUAGUUGAUCUCGAUCAGACCAUUGUCCACGCCACAGUCGACCCUACUGUAGGGGAGUGGAUCGCUGAGGGCGAGGCAUGGGAGGCGCGACAAGCAAAGAAGGCUGCGGAAGCGCAGAAGAAUGAGGAAAGUGCGGAGGAGAUGAGUACCGACACUGAUGACGAGGUCAACCCCAACUGGGAAGCUCUGAAGGAUGUCAAGAGAUUCAGGUUGGGGCCCGAAGCGCUCGGCCAGCCGUCUCUGAGAGGAUUCAGAGGGAAGGGGAAAGAGAAGGCCAUAGAGAUGGAGGGCUGCAUGUACUACAUCAAGCCUCGUCCGGGUUGGAAGGAGUUCUUGGAGGCCAUGGCGACCAAGUAUGAAAUGCAUGUGUAUACGAUGGGUACACGCGCAUAUGCGGAGGAAGUGUGCGCCGCCAUUGACCCAGAGGGCAAGAUGUUCGGUGGACGGUUGCUCAGUCGAGACGAGAGUGGCAGCUUGACACAGAAGAGUCUGCAACGGUUGUUUCCCUGCGAUCAGUCCAUGGUCGUGAUCAUAGACGACAGAGCGGAUGUGUGGGAAUGGAGUCCAAAUCUUGUGAAAGUGAUACCUUAUGACUUCUUUGUCGGAAUUGGCGACAUCAACUCCGCAUUCUUGCCCAAGUUGGACGCAUUGACUACCACGCCCCCUGCAGGACCCUCAAUCGUUACUCACACGACGGAACAACCUUCUACAGUGCCUCCGACGCAACAACCAGAGAAGGAGCCAACACCGUCCCCUUCUCCCACACCGACUCCUCCGCCUCAAACGCCCCCAGUUGCUUCGUCCUUGCCAGUUGAAGGCCUCUCCGCCGAAGAGAUCGCUAAGAACGAGAUCCUAAUGCAGAACACAAUAGCGCUGGAGGCGCAGGUGGAGGAGCGGCCUUUGGCGAAGAAGCAGGAGGAGCUACAGGAAGCAUCAGCCGCUGCGAGCGAUGAGACCGAGGAGACCGGUGAGACUACGACGGCCGCGGCAGCCGGUGGGCCUGUGACUGUCACUGCCGGGCAGCACAAGAAGGAGAAGGCACCGCGCAAGGCGUUGCUGAAGAACGAUGACAGGGAACUGGAGCGUGUGCAGAAGAUCCUCGAGGAAGUUCACCAGCGGUUCUAUGACGAGUACGACGCGCGCCCGCCAGAUCACCGGAAAGGGGCAAAGAUCAAGCCAAAGAAGCGGACAGAGCAUGUGCCGUACGAUGUAAGGUUAAUCAUUCCGAGGAUGCGGAUGGACGUGCUAGACGGCGUUCAUAUCCUAUUCUCUAGUGUCAUCCCUCUCGACACGCGACCGGAGGCUACUGAGAUUUGGAAGACGGCCCAUGCAUUUGGCGCUCAGUGUUAUGCCGAGUUGUCGAACCGAGUCACGCAUGUCGUUGCAGCAAAGCGUGGAACGCAGAAGGUUGACGCUGCUCGACGACAAGGCGGGAUCAAGAUCGUCUGGCUCUCGUGGUUCACCGACUCGGUCGCGCUGUGGCAGCGGCAAGACGAGACACCGUACCUGCUGGAGCCGGGCACCCCGCCGCAAGCGAGCGCUGCGAGUCCUCCUUCGGAUGCUCACCAGAUUUCUUCUGAUGCUGAACCGGGCGCAGAUGAAUGGGGCGAGACGCCUGCGGGCGGGCUCGAGCUCGAUGAGGUCGACUGGCAGGAGGUCAAUGACGAGGUCGAGGCAGCGAUGAACGAGAGUGACGAGGAUGGCGCGAGCGAGCAGGGCGGGACGCGCAGUGGGAACGCGUCCGAGGACGAGGGCUCGUGGACGGAAGAAUCGAUGAGCGUCGUCAGUCCAACAUCAUCUCCUAAGGAGAAGCGAAAACGAUUGCGGAGUCAGACGCCAUCUGACAGCAGCGAGCAGAACGGGGCGCUUAGUGCUGAUACUGAUGAGCUUCGGUCGCAGCUUGCCAAGCGCAGAAAGAUUGCUGCCGAGCGAUCGGGCACAUCGAAACUCAAGGAGGCUAUCACAGCCGCUGAUCUCGUUGGCGAGGAUGCCGAGCAAAAAGACGCGGAAAACGAAGCUGCCGAGAGAGCGACGACACCGGACAACACGAACACGGACUCGUCGGAUUCGUCUGAUGACGAGAGCGAUGAUGAAUCUGAUGAGGCGAUGGAUGAGGAGGACUGGCUCGCCGGAGAGAUGGAGGAGGAGAUGGGAUAG